UUGAUCAAGGAGCGCGAACGACAUCCAGGUUCAGGCGCUGUGCGACAAGUGACGUCACCACAGCAGCAGCAGCAGCACCACUACCCACAACAACAGCAUACAGCGUACCAACCUCAACAGCAGCAAUCCUCUACCUCCUCACAGUUCUCCCGGGGCCCCAAACUCGGUGUCACCGUAGCCACUGCUAACGCAAAACAGCAGCAACAACAGCAACAGCCUCUGUCAGCGUCGAAUGAGGAGAAAUUUGAGGACACAGCACACCAUUUCCCCAUGCAACAACAGCAACAACUUCGUUCAGCCAAACAAUUCUUCGUUGGUAGCACGAAUAACAAUGGUGCCGAUGCUCCACCAUCACGCCAUCAGAAUAUCAUGACACCCAAAUUUCCACCUGUUCGAACAAGUGUGGAGUCUAGGACGGGUAGCGGAAACGUGCUAUCAGAUAUGCGACGUCCAUUGGACCUGAGCAAGCAGCACUCUCAUUCACAUCACCAACUUCAACAACAACAGCAUCAUCCGCUCUCACAGACUAGUGGUAGUGGUGGUGGACAGAACUAUCUGCAGAGGACUAACAACAAUGGAACUCCCACUCGUCAACAACCCACCGUGAGAUCACAGUCACAGUUCUGUAAGUCUACCUGA